CGCCGGCAUCACCGCUGCAGCUAGCCGUGAGCACCACCUGCUGCCACCUGCUGCCUGCUGAAAACCCUUUUGGCGGGCCGUUUGGGUGCACAGGGAGCAGACCUGUGAAUCCAUCCAUCGCUCCAGCAGAUUCACAGCGCCCGGGCGGAGAGGGCGCGCCGGAGGCAGCGCCAGCCCGGCGCCAGCCAGCGGCGCGGCAGCGGCACGUUCCCCGACCGGAGGGGCCCUUCAGCGCCAUGGUGCAGCCCCAGGUCAGCCAGUAUGAGCUGCAGCGGGCGCAGCGCAUUGCGGAGAACAGGCGCAAGAUGGAAGAGGUGGGGCUGGUGGAGGCGUCCCGCAAGUUCACAUCGGCAGCGGCGGCGCCGCCGGUCGCGCUCGAGGCGGGGGCGGAGCGCCAGCCGCGCAAGAAGCGCCGGGUGCAGCCGUUUGGUUGCCUGCCGCAGGCGGCGCCUGCCGACCUGGAGCCCACCCGCCUGUCGCGGCGCCUGCGUGGAGAGACGGCACUGGAUCAGGAGGCGGCUGAGGCUGAGGCGCGGGCAGAGGUGGAGGCAGAGGGGUCGGCGCGGGCCCGCAGGGGCCUCACCCGCAAGCGCCUGGCGCUGGAGGAGGGCCAGCAGCUGGCGGCGCCCUUCAGCCUCUGGUCCAUCGGCGUGACUGUGUGGGAGCUGGGGAGCGUGCACCGCGGCGCGUGGGCCCACCGCUACUGGUCCUCCCCGGGCUGCCUGUACCACCAUGCCUACCCGGUGGGAUACCGCGCCACCAAGGUCCAGUUUGGGUGCACCUACGAGAUGCGGAUCGAGGAGGGCCCCGCCGGCCCGCUGUUCAAGGUGAUCGACCAGGACAGCGGCGCGGUGUUUGCCGGCUCCUCCCCCACCAAGCCCUGGACCGACGUGUGCGUGGCGCACCGCACCGGCCAGCGCAUCUCGGGGCCCCUCUUCUUCGGCUUCUCCGACCCGCUCACCCAGCGGGCCAUCGCCGCCAACCUGUACAGCCAAGAGGAGCUGAGGGCGGCGCUGCAGGGCGAGAAGCUGGAGAGCGCCGCCGCCACGCCCGAGGAGCAGGCGGCGCAGGAGUUUUGCGGGGUGGAGGGCGUGGGGGAGGCCACAGCCAUUGUGCUGGCACGCACCACCGCGCUGGGCGGCAGCCGGCACGCGGGGCUGGAGUCGUUGCGGGGCUGGGCCAGCGCCUCAGAGGAGAAUGCUCGGGCGCUGAGUGCCUACCUGGCCGGCAGCGAGGAGGUGCCGGAGAGCACGCGGCGCUGGCCUGCCUGGCGCCAGCGCCUGGUUCCGAAAAUAGUGCUGGCCGUGAGCGGCAGGUGGCUGGGCAGCGGGGCGCCGCCAGGGGCAGCAGAAGGAGCGGGCAAGCGCAGCAUAGAAGGGGGCGGGGUGGCAUUCGCUGUGGCGCAGCGCGCUGGCAGUGGGCCCAGCGAAGAACCUGCAGCGGGCGGCGAGCAGGAAGCAGCGGCACAUGGCAGCGGGCAGCUGGGCGGUGGCAGCGAGGAGGCAUCAGCUGGCACCUCGCGGCAAGCAGAAGCGGGCCGACCCGCAGCGGGCAGCCACCCAGCGCCUGGCAGCAGCGAGGCCCCGGCAAAGGAGAACAAGCAGCCGCCAAACCUGGCCAAGGCGCCGGCAAUAGCGUCUGCGGCAGCAGCAGCGGGCCUGCAGCGCGGCAUCCAGCGGAAGCGCAGCUGCAAGAGCAAGUGGUCUUGA